CCGCCGGCGGACGAACGGAAAAGGUGGCUGGCUGAGGCACGCAAGCUGUAGCAAGGGAACCGAACAUGGCCGGUUGUCAAAGAGAGCGCGAAAUUAUGCAACAUAAGACACAAUAACGGAACGCUUGUAACUGAAUUGUAGGCUAGUAGGUACUCUCAAAGGAAGACAGAGUCGGAUGUGGGACGCUCAGAGUUCCCGACGCGCCGGAAUGGAACACCGUCUGUCGUCUAUGACAUUCGACACUAACAAAAAGCACCAAGGCCACGAAAUUGCGUACUCCAUCAGACGAUAUGGCACUGGUACUUGCAUGAAUCGAGAGGUAGAUGAGCUUGGACAUAGCUUGCAAUCGGGGAGGUUGAGGACGACGGGCACUGCGGCGCUGGUGAUGAACAAGGCCGGGCGAAAUGCGUCGGCGCUGCGACCAAGGCUGCGUGGCACUAGGUUUGCAGCAGGUGCGGGAAAUUGCAUACACGGAUUACACGUUCUGCGUUCGCUGGACCUUCGCUACAGAGAUCAUCCGACAAGCUCUUCAUGGGCCAUAUUGCAUGGUAAGUGCAUAGCCAUAGCGUCUUGUGCAUGUGGGAACCCCGAUUCAGUUAAGGUGCAUCCUCGAGUUACUGCACAGGGACUGCGGCUCAGUCACAACAAGUUCCCCUCUUCGUUAGCGCCUUCGCCCGGGCUGCCAACUAUGGAGCCCCGAAAACCCCGGCCGGACAGUGGAGCGUUUCUUCUUGUUGCCUGAAGCUCCCGUCCGGCGUCCCGGACCCAUCCAGGGUGGGGUUGAGAUCGAGGGAAACUUUUUCUGUCUCUGAAGCACAUGCCUCUCACAGAUUCCCCUAUUUUGCGUCAAGUUCCGACUCGAAGAUCUUCUGCGUUUCUAUAUACUGCUGAUUUGAGUCGAUAGCCAACAGUUUUCGCCAGUUCACCCCCUCUAACCUCGAGGGUUUGUCUCACAAGGAAGACUCGCAUCC